AUGGAAGUAGAUGAGAACUCGAGCUGCUCUCUUCUUCAUGAGGCAGAUUUAAAUGAGAAUGAGGAUGGACAUCCAACGAGAUACACGAGAAAUAGUGUUGACAAUCAUUUCUACCCCGAUCCCCAUGCUAAAUUACCAGUGUAUACCACAAUCCACAGAAUUCACAAAAUGGUCAUGACGCUCAUAGAUGACCCGUAUACUCCCGAACAACUACAGGAAUUGCGAAUGAACACGCUUAUUGUGAGGCCACUUGUGGAUCAGCUGUAUGACCCGAACGACGUCUCACUUGUCUACAGCCUCCUGGUAAAUCGAAUGGAGUUUCUGCGUGAGCAGUCAUACCAAGGACACCUCCAGACAGUUAAUAUGACCCGUGCCGCUCUCUGUGAGCUGGCUGCCUGCCGAAUUCUACGGCGGUUUGAUGAGGAUAAUCCAGGGUCCGGCGGUCUUCUGUUGCUAGCCAAUAUCCUAGUCGCAGGAUUCGAGCCGUUUCAAAACGCUCCAGAGGAGGUCUUGUGGCAAAGGCCAAGCGCUAUGCAAUGGCCAGUGCAAAAUCGAGGAGGCUAUGAGAGGAAGCUGACAGCUCUGGAAGUUGCCAUCAUUUCUGAAAGCAAGACAUUUCUCAGCUGCACAGCUUGCCAAAAAGUGAUUGAUGCUGUUUAUGUUGGUCACGUCAUUUACACUCCGCUCUCUUUCGUUGACAUCUUGCCCGACCAUUACAAGCAUCGGCCGAUAUCUCUUUAUGAUCCCCGGAAAGCUCCUCUCCUGAAUCAAUAUCGGCUGAUCGUGCCCCGCUUGCGAAGCAUGAUUGAGGCCUGCCAGUUCGUCACCCUCCUAGCCCUAUAUGUCCUGACAAUGGUCUACCGCCAGGAUCUGGAAGUGACAAUCUUCGAGGUCAUCUUCUGCGCGUAUGCGAGUGGGUGGAUUCUCGAGGAGUUUGCAGCAAUCAUUGAACAUGGGUGGCAUGUCCAUACACAAAAUCUCUGGUCCUUCCUGGAUCUUGCUUUCAUCUGCAUCUACUGCACAUAUUUCGUACUUCGUUUGUUCACACUAGUGACCACCCAACCCCUCUUAGGCCAAAGCGCGCUGCAUGUUCUGUCCGUCGCAGCUCCAAUUCUGCUUCCCCGUCUUGCAUUCAAUCUCAUGCCCGACAAUAUGCUCUUUAUUUCCCUUCGGGCGAUGAUGCGGGAUUUUACCGUACUCACCAUCCUCGCGGUUUGGUACUCUGCCGGCUUCUUCCUCUCGAUGAAAUGGCUCCUCAGUAUCGGCGGAAGUGAUAUAGAUCUGAGCUCGGCAACCAUCGCCAAGUGGAUGCUGUGGAUUUGGUUUGGGCUGGAUGGCACGGGGAUUGAGCGCUCCGUGGAUUUCCACGCGUUGCUCGGGCCUGCACUGAUGGUUGCCUUUGCAUUUCUGGGGAACACACUCUUUCUCACCAUCCUUGUGGCGAUGCUGACGAAUACCUUUUCCAAGCUUGCUGCCAAUUCGCAUGCGGAGGUCCAAUUCCGCCGCGCCGUUCUUACCUUCGAAGGGGUGAAGAGUGAUGCGAUCUUUGCUUAUUGGCCACCCUUCAAUAUUCUCGCUCUGCUCAUUCUCCUCCCACUGAAGUUCAUCCUCACGCCGCGACAGUUUCACCGCGUCAAUGUGGCUGCCACUCGAAUAUUGAAUGCGCCUCUUCUUUUGCUCAUAAGUGCCUAUGAGCGAUAUCAAUAUUUGAAUGAAUCUCAACCGCAUCGCCCAUGGAAGUGCAGUCUGCCCUCUCUCUGGAAUUUUACGGGCUUCUUCCCUCACGGGGACAUCCAUGCCGUGUUUGACGUAGAACCCCCAAGUGAUAUCUUACAGGGGAUCGAAGUCCCUGGCUCGCUGAGAGUGGGGAUUACAGGGGAUAUGACGGUUGGCGAGAUCACAAAUGCAUACAUUAUUUUUCUCAGCGUAUUGGGUUUGAUUAUUCUCUAUCCAUAUGGGAAUUUGCAGGCGAUUGAUGCCUACUUCUUCGGCGCGAGCGCGUCUACCGAAUCCGGACUCAACACAUUCGAUGUGAAGGAACUGAAGACGUAUCAACAGCUCUAUAUUUACUUCAUUCCGAUUAUUAGCAACCUCGGAUUCAUCAACAUCCUGGUGGUGGUGGUACGCCUGCAUUGGUUUGAGAAGCGGUUGAAGGAAGAAGCCCCGAAUGUCCUUCGAUGGAGAUCGUGGUCGCGCAGAAGCACCGCAGCGGCAGCAGAUGUAGAAGUAUACCAGGACAAGCUUGCUAAUGACGGUCAUUCUUCAAACCAGGAAAAGGGGCCGGCAGGACCGAAGCGAUCCCGUGAUGUUGGGCUGAAGGUCAGACUAACAAAGGCGACUAGUAUUUCUUUUGCCGAUGAUAUAGAUGAGAAUGUCCACUUGGCAAAGACCCGGACGACGGAAAAUCCUCGGGGACUUGAGAGCAUCAAGAAAAAACUGUCUAAUAGCGACACUGCGCCCCUUGAACGCAUUGCUUCCAUAUUCGGUGUCGGCGAACCCUCUAGGCGAAGACAGGAAUCAGAGGCGUCGCGGAAGAUAUCCCUCUCACAACAACUAGACUUACCGGAGCUCUCUUCACAAGCGACCCUCGGCCAGAAUUCACAAUUCCACAACUUGACUGCUAAGGACCGAGAAAUACUAGGUGGUAUUGAAUAUCGCAGCCUUAAGUUACUGCUAAAAAUUGUCACUGGUUAUUUCUUCGGGCUCCAUAUCUUUGGUGCAAUUUGUCUCGUCGGUUGGAUCCAGCAUGCAAACCCAAAGUAUCGACAAUACCUAGAGCAGUGUGGGCAAGGAAGUGUCUGGUGGGGAUUUUACUCUUCGCAGACGAUGAUAGAUAAUCUUGGGUUUACUCUCACACCAGACUCUAUGAUCUCAUUCCAAGAUGCAACGUUCCCGAUGAUACUUAUGAGCUUCCUCGCUUUUGCUGGAAACACAUGCUAUCCAUGCUUGCUUCGACUUAUUAUCUGGAUUAUGUCUAAAGUUGUCCCACGGAAUUCAUCUCUUAGAGACCCUCUUGAUUUCUUACUAAAACAUCCUCGCCGCUGCUACACGCUUCUUUUCCCCAGCGGACCCACGUGGGCUCUCUUCGGGAUACUAUUGGCCAUGAAUGUUAUUGAUGUUAUCCUGAUUAUAGUUCUGGACCUUGAUAACCCUGCUGUCAACAACCUACCCCCUGGACCACGCGUCCUGGCUGCUAUUUUCCAAGCGGCAUCAUCUCGACAUACUGGGACGUCAACUUUCAACCUGGCGGACGUCAACCCAGCUGUACAAUUUAGCUUACUGGUUAUGAUGUACAUUGCUAUUUUCCCCAUUGCUAUUAGCAUUCGAGCGUCAAACACAUACGAAGAGAGGACCCUAGGAAAAUAUCCCAUGGAAGGCGAGAUGGAUGAAAAUAACGGCAGAUCGUAUAUUUUAACUCAUGUACGCAACCAGCUUACAUUUGAUCUGUGGUAUAUAUUUCUAGGAGCAUUCUGCAUUUGCAUCGCCGAGUCACGCAAGAUUAUGGACGUCACAGAUCCGGCAUUUUCCGCCUUUUCGGUGCUUUUCGAGUGGAAAUGUUGGCCUCAGCCUUGGGUAUCCAACAGUGAUGACAUCGCUGAGCGGUCAGUUUACUACGUUCAGCAAACUUGUGAUAUGCGCAAUGAUGAUCCGGGGGCGCCACAGAGGAUUACCUUACCAGCUUGA